AUGCCGAGAGGGGGAAAGGAUGAGGAAACGACUCUUCAUUGGAAUCAAAAGCAGAAGGAGGAGUUGUUGCACCGCCUCGCAGAGUAUAACCGUAAUUACCACGGUAGGAAACCAACCCAAAAAAAUUGGGAAGAUUGGGCUAACGAACUACAAAAACAUUUUACGGAGCCGGUGACGGCGGCCAAGGUUCAACAGAUGAGAGUGCGUCUAAAAGGCAAGUUUGAUAAGGAGGUUAUACUACGCAUAAGCACAGGCCCUGGUUGGGAUCCUGUAACAGGCGCAGUGACAUGUACUGACGAGUAUUGGGACGAUUUUGCUAAGAACAAGAAGUGGGCCAACGCUGCAAAGAAGCAACCCCUAAAAAACUUUGACCUAUACUGCGAGGCCUUUGGUAAUACCCAGGCAAAUGGGGCUCAUGCGAGGGGUUUAGAAAACCCUACCACCGAGCAUGUAGACACCAUCCCCAUCCCGGAUGUAGAUGGUGAAGUGGGGGUGACAUCGCACUCGUUAGGCAGCGACGACGAUUUUGUCACUACGAUGCGAGCCGGGUUGAACACCGCCAGGAAGGGGUUGAAUGUUGCGUCCAGCUCCAAGGGGAUUGGAAAGAAAUCUACACGAAGUUGCAAACGGCCGGUUGGUGAUCCAGAGGCUAAGGCACUACUUGGACGACUUGUGGCAUCUAUAGAAACUAGGCGUAGUAGCAAAGCUACCAGUUCCAGCGCUACUCAGAGCCCUACGACCCGUUCUCUUCUACAAAAGUGCCAAGACCUUGUGAAGGGAAUGGAUCUUGAUGAUGAUACCAGUGUAACUUUUUUAGAGGCCAUUGCGUGGUAUCCGCACAUGCAACAACUUUUUAUGGAUAUGACAGAGACGCAAAGGUUUACUUACAUCUUAGCUGGAUGGGAGGGCUCUGCCCAUGAUGCGCGCGUUCUUGCGGAUGCAACAAGUACAAGAGAUAAAAAUUUCCCAAAUCCACCGCCAGGGAAAUACUACCUUGUAGACUCUGCCUACGCGAAUACCAAUUGUUUCUUGGCGCCGUACCGGGGGAGCACAUAUCACCUUCAAGAGUAUAGGGCAAGACGUGGCCGUCCUCGAACUCAGCGUGAGUUGUUUAAUUAUACGCAUUCGUCCCUAAGAAAUUCUAUUGAGCGCACUUUCGGUGUUUGGAAAGCACGGUUCCGCAUACUAAAGUGCAUAAAUAAUUACCCAAUAGAGAAACAGAUACAAAUUCCUGUUGCUUGUGCCGUGCUUCACAAUUUCAUACAUAUGUACAACCAUAACGACGAGCUACUAAACCAGUACACACGAGACGGAGUACCAGUUGUUGAUAUUGAUCUGGAGAAUGCGGAUCAAGAUGUUAAUCAGAAUCACAAUCCUAAUCGGGCAAUGGAACAAAAUCACAACUCCGCAAAUCGUAGGGAAAUGAAUAUUUUGAGGGAUGAGAUGGCUGCUAGCAUGUGGGGGGCAUUAGAAGCAUAUCGCAAUCGGUAG